UUUUUUUUUUUCAGUGCGAAGUUGCUGGGUUGCCGCAAUCGGUCAGCUGAACUGGGUCGUACGUUGUCGAACAUUCAAAAAGCCCCACGUCAUGAAAACUUGUAAGUCUAAGAAUUGUUCAACGGGAAGCAAGUAUGUCGUGAAGACGGCCAUAGGGACUUGUAUCCUCUCUUCAUUAUUAUUGAGAGCUGCCCACAGACUGGAUCUGCAAUAAAAUUGGGGCAUUAGGCAACAGGAUGGGCGCGUUGCCACCAGAAUUCUACACUAUAAAUUCGCACUCCGGAUUGACCAUUCGAUAGGUUAAAGUCUUUCCUUCUCAUCAGCCGCAUAGAUUUCAGUCUUGGUUAUUUUUAAAUUAGGAAAAAAUAUUGCAGGUCAGUGAUCUUUGUUUACUGGCAUUGGCAAAAUUGUAUAAUAGGUGUCGUUGGGAACGGUCUAAGAUCACGGAACCAGGAUUUUUGGCAAGCCCCUCAUGAAGACAAACCAAAAUCAAGAAGAUGGAUUUCUAUAGGAUAUCCCGAAUGUUGAAGUCCUCCGCGGCAGGUGGGAACGUAACUGAGCUCGGUCUCGGCCCUGGCGUCUUGGACGCAAUCGUGCCUGGGUACAGCGUAAUUUCUAGGUUUCUUUCACAGGCCUUGGGCUUCGAUGCUGGUUCAAUUGUCUCGACUGGCCUUCUCUUAUUCGCAAUCGCGAAAUCGUGGCAAUAUGUAUCUAGAACACUAUGGUUCUUGAUUACAGAAUAUGCAUCAUCUCUGGUCUAUAUCGAAGAACAUGACGAACUAUUUAAAAGCGUUCUCGAUUGGAUAGCUAGCCAACCUGUCGGACUUAAGGCAACUCGACUGAAAGCAGUCACAAAGCAGGGUUCAAGUCCAGAAGAGGAUAAAACGGAUGAGCAUGAUCUCAGCGAUGGUAAAUUAUUCCACUUUGGCAAAUGGGCUGCUAAAGUACCGCCCAAAUACGAGCCAUACUACGGAUCGUACGUAUUCACGUACAAAUAUCAUCUCUUCAUCUUCGAGCGAGGAAGAAGAGAACGAGCGACGGCGACACCAUGGCGUCAGACAUCAAUGGAUGAGCAGCACAUCCAGAUUCGAACGCUUGGCUGGUCCACAGCACCGCUUAAAGAUCUUUUAGCUCAUAUCAAACACUGGGCGCGAGAACGUGAGCACGACAUCACAGUAAUAAAACGUCCGCAAUCAAAGGACACUAGGCGUCGAGAAGGAGCGUGGACCCGGAUCACCUCGCGGCCCAGUCGACCGAUGGAUACUGUUGUGCUUGAUAUUGAACAAAAGAGGAAACUCAUUGACGAUGUGAAUGAGUAUCUCUCACCCACAAGCCCGCAGUGGUAUGCUUCAAGAGGAAUCCCGCUACGUCGCGGGUAUUUAUUUCAUGGGCCACCUGGUACUGGCAAAUCAUCGCUGUGCUUCGCACUAGCCGGUCUUUUCGGUCUGGACAUCUACGUCAUUUCCUUGCUGGAACCGACUCUAACAGAAAGUGAUCUCCAACAGCUGUUCAAUAAUCUGCCGAAGCGUUGCAUCGUUCUGUUGGAGGACAUCGAUUCUGCAGGACUAACACGGGAAGAUCCCUCAACGGAUAGUAAGUCUGACGGUGAAAUUGGCCCUAGAAAAAACAACGCGCGCCGAGGGGGCAUGUGGAGGGCUGGCACUGAACCUGAUCCGACGACAAAUGGAAUAUCUCUUAGCGGCCUCCUCAAUGCUAUCGACGGUGUAGCAUCUCAUGAAGGUCGCGUCUUGAUCAUGACGAGCAACUUUCCCGAGAAGCUUGACCCUGCAUUGAUCCGGCCAGGGCGAAUAGAUAUGCAGGUGAAGUUCACGUUGGCCACAAAGCUGCAAAUUAAAGAAAUCUUUAUCAGAAUGUACAGCUCUGAACCGAAGCGGUUUGGAGAAGAAGAAGGGAACGGAAACCAAGGCAUGGUAGAAAGCAACACGGUGAGCAGGAAGGAAACAUUCACGAGGGAAGAGCUUCUGCCACUUGCUGAGGCAUUCGCUGGUCAUGUACCAGAAAUGACAUUUUCUCCUGCUGAGGUGCAGAACUUUCUUAUCACAAGAAAGAAGAACCCAAUGAAAGCUUUGGAGGAGGUUGAGGUGUGGAAAAAUGAGCUAAAAGCAACAAAAGACCUAAAAACAGGAGGCACAAACUAAUAGCGAAGGCUAGACUGCAAAAACAUACGUUUCUCUGUUGGAAGCGAUAAUCAAAUUCAGGAUGGGUACAAAUAUCCAAGUUGAUUAUUGGCAUGAAGGGAAAAGACUUGUUCUGAUUUACAUAAACGUUCAGACAUGGGCAAGCCAUGUAUGUUUGGUAUCAAAAGAAUAAACUGUUAUCCUGA